AUGUUGUCUGACCCUCAUCAAGACAGUGUCACCUCCUGUCACCCCAACUACCAUGAUGGAGCAGCAGAUAACCUGGAUGAAUGUGUCAUAGAUGUGUACUCACGGGGCACUACACCUGAAAGUCAUAAGGCAGUUUGCCCAGGGCCCACAGGGUAUGGGCAAGGCACACCUACAUACACAUGUGGGUGUUACAAGUUGCCUGAACCUCCUUCGGACCUGGAGCAACAUCAAGAUGAUGGGGAGACCAUGAGCAAAAAGGCUCAUGAGCCACUGUCACAUUCAAAGCAAAAAACACUCAACUCCGAUCAAGACUCUGAUCAGAGGAGUUUUGGACUUGAUAUUACAAAUGCACAGUGCACAGCACCAAUGCCUGCCACUGAAAUGCCACUACAGAAACAUAGGAAGCUAGGAAGGGGAGUUGAAGGCAUGGGGGGUUCAGUACAGUCCCUUAAAGUCCUCCUGAAGGUUGCGGAAGCCAUUGAGAAACAGACAACAGUUCUUCAGCAGAUCUGCAAUGCAGUGAAAAGCAAGACAGGAAGCGGCACAUCUGAGCAGAAGGGCAGGGACUGUGUGGGCCAUGACUGGCUGGUGACAAGGACGCAAGGAGAGUCGGCUCCAACUUGGAGUAGCCGAGUCAUGCUGUUCAAGGCUGUACUAAACUACAUUCUCUCUUCUUGUCAUCCUGAUGAGCCACUACUUCAAGUGCCAUUCAACCUGCAGCUGGUCAUUUUCAUUGCCAAGUGGGUUAAUGUGCCACCAGAAAAGUUGUUCCCAUUGGCAAUGGCAGCUGACACUCCAGUUGCUACAUUUCAAAUGAGCUGCAGAAGUCAUGCAAGAGGAGUCUAUGUCAAAGAAAAUAAAGCUCAGCACUACUCAAACCAGCUAUCCAACUUUCAUCCAGAUUCGAACCCUGAACCAUCCAAUACCAGGGUAGCAUCUUCCCCAAAGCCACCUCCUUGGCCUUGGCGAAACAUGAGCAUCUGGUGCCUCAUGACUUGGAUGAUGACAGGAAGUAACCAAUUGUCCAAAGCUAAGGUAACUCGACUAGUCAAGGAAGUCCUAUCAGUGGAAGAUUUCAGUGUACAGGAUCUGAAUGGCUUCGACACCCAUACAGAAAUGGGGCAUUUUGAUUCAUCUGAAGCCAGUCUUGAUGACAAUGAUAUCUUCCAAAGGGAUGGUUGGAAAGAGACAGCUGCAGAGAUUCUGGUGCUGACUAGGGAGAGAAAUCCAAGCAGGAAUGGACAGCCAUUUACUGUUCCAGGGUUCCAGUACCGUCCACUCACAGCCAUGAUUCAUGCUGCUUUCUCCAAGGCAGCAUCAAAAUGGUUUCACUUCACUCCCUUCAGGCACUUUUGGACGUCCCCUAUAACCAGUUAA